AUGCAGUAUUUCUUCGUCUCCAUUAUACCUCAUUUUUUUCAUAUCUAUUUAACUAUAUAUCGAUGUAUCUUCCCUGUCCAUUUUUGUUUCAUCUAUCUAUUCAUUCAUCUUCAUCUAUCUAUCUAUCUCAUCUAUCCUACACUCGUCCAUCUCUAUCUAUCUUUGUUCUAUCUAUCUAUCUAUCUAUCCCACAUCUCAUCUAUCUAUUCAUCUAUCUAUCUAUCUAUCUAUCAUCUAUCCCACACUCUCAUUAUCUCGUCUAUUAUCUAUCUAUCUAUCUAUCUAUCUAUCUAUCUAUCUAUCUAUCCUAUCAUUAUCUAUCUAUCUAUCUAUCUAUCUAUCUAUCUAUCUAUCUAUCCUACACUCGUCAUUAUCUAUCUAUCUAUCUAUCUAUCUAUCUAUCAUCAUCUAUCUAUCCCAUACUCUGUUUCUAUCUAUCUAUCUAUCUAUCUAUCUAUCUAUCUAUCUAAGUCCCAUCAUCUAUGCAUCUAUCUCAAAUUAUCCCACACUAUCAUAUCAAAAAUCUAUCUAUCUACCUAUUUGUCUGUCCAUUAUCUAUCAUUAUCUGUCUAUUUAUAUCUACCUAUCUAUCUUUCUAAGUCCCAUGAUCUCAAAUUAUUAUCUAUCUAUCUACCUAUUUGUCUGUCCAUUAUCUAUCUAUCUAUUUAUAUCUAUAUCUUAUCUGUCUGUCUAUCUAUCUAUCUAUCUAUCUACCUAUCUAUCUAUCUAUCUAUGCAUAUUCAAUAUCUAUCUAUCUAUCUAUCUAUCUAUCUAUCUAUCUAUCUAUCUGUAUUCAUAUCUAGGCAUGGUUCUCAGUCUGCUAUUGGCUAUCUAUCUAUGUCAGAAAAGUAG